AGAUGGCGGAAGAAGAGAACCAGUUUGAAGAAUUUGAGCAGAUAGACUUUUUGAGAGACCGUCAUGUCCGAUUCUUCCAGAGGACCUUGCAGGUGUUACCUGAGCGGUACGCGUCGCUGGAAACAACCCGGUUGUCUAUUUUAUUCUUUGCCCUGUCUGGUCUGGAUGUGUUGGAUGCCCUGGAGGUGGUGGACAGUAAAGUGAUGAUUGAGUGGAUUUACUCACAACAAGUUCUACCCACCCAGGAUAAAUCCAAUCUGAACCGUGGAGGGUUUCGUGGAUCAGCACAUAUUGGGAUUCCUUACAGCACAAAGGGUCCAGGUGUGCUCCAUCCGUAUGACAGCGGCCAUGUUGCCAUGACCUACACUGGCCUGUGCUCACUGUUAAUCCUUGGAGACAACCUGAGUCGGGUGAACAAAGAAGCUGUUCUGGCUGGUCUCAAAGUGCUGCAGCUUGAGGACGGCAGUUUCUAUGCCGUGCCAGAAGGAAGUGAGAAUGACAUCCGGUUUAUCUACUGUGCAGCUAGUAUCUGUUACAUGCUGGAUGACUGGUCAGGCAUGGACAUCCAGAAAGCCAUCGAGUACAUCCGGGGAAGUUUGUCAUAUGACAAUGCAUUUGGCCAAGGAGCUGGGAGAGAGUCUCAUGGUGGUUGGACGUACUGUGCCAUAGCCUCGCUGUGCCUGAUGGGCCGGCUGGACGAGGCUCUGAGUCCGCGCGAGCUGAACAGGAUCCGGCGCUGGUGCAUCAUGAGGCAGCAGAGCGGCUUCCACGGACGUCCCAACAAACCUGUGGACACGUGCUACUCCUUCUGGGUGGGAGCUACACUGGAGCUCCUGGAUGUGUUCCAGUUCACACACUUUGAAAAAAACAGGAGCUUCAUUCUGUCCACACAGGACCGUUUGGUCGGCGGCUUCGCCAAGUGGCCUGACAGCCAUCCAGACCCUCUUCAUGCCUACUUGGGGCUGUGUGGCCUGUCUCUGAUCGGAGAGCCUGACCUACGGAAGGUCCACCCAGCUCUUAACAUCACCCAGAGAGCCUUUCAGCACCUCCAGCAGCUGCAGCAGUCGUGGAGGGACAACGCCGGCAGCUGCGUCGGACAGCAGUGAAAGCGGGACGAUUUACUGCGUUCACUCCGGAGCGGACGCCGUCUGUCAGUCACCGGUCGAAGGCGGCAGGACUUCUGCCGCAUCUCAGACAUGUUUGGCUGCUCAAGAAGUUUGAAUUGUUUGGAAUUGCGAGGAUCUAAACACUUGGGGACCUCAUUUAAAGUCCAUCUAAAGCAACUUAUUUGUUGAGCAAUAUACGCCACACCUCUUUGCUGCCUUUUAAAAAGAAAAGAAAACAAAAAGCAAGUAGUUGUUAAUAAAGCUAUGCGGUGCGGUUUGUGAAAAUACAAUAUAAUAAUGUGCCAGAAAGUGUAAUUCACUGGAGACUUGAACAAACGUCAGAUGCCUCCAUCUUUAUUUUAUGGCCUUUUUUUUUUCUUUUUUUUUUAAUUAUGACACUUUUCUUCAGAGAUGUAUUGCUUUACUUCCUUUUCUCUGCUUUGCUAACUUGCCUGGCACUUCAGUCCGAACGUAGCUGCUGGAUGUUUUUAACCUCUCACGAUGCAUCAGGUUUUAAUGGGUCGUGACCUCUGCUCCCCAGCUUGAAAUCUGAUACCAUCCCUAAAGCUUUGCUCCCUAAAGCUUCUCGCUGCAACGUUCUCCAGUUUCACCUCUGCAAGCUUUAAUUUUCAGAGCUCAAGAGAUCGAAAUAAAAAUAAAAAUGGAACUGCUUGGGUGACAUUUGAAAUGGGGCUAAAUGUUCCUCGGUUGUUGAUUAGUUACGAAUUUUAAGAAGAUUUUGGAAUUGGUUUCACUUGAAGCCUUUUUAUAGGGAUUUUAUCUGACAGGCCACACCCUGCGUGGCUCGUAAUUAUGCAAUGGAAGGAAAAUUGUACAAUGUUUUCAAUAUUUUUUUCAGAAAUCUAAAGUACAGAGCAUUUCUCUGUUUGUUUAAUUCCUCUACAUAUCUGCUUUAUAUGUGAUGAAGGGCACUUUCAAACAUUGGAUUCUCCAUUGGAUGUAAUUCUGGACUUUGACUGGGCCAUUUUAACAGAUCAAAACGCUGUGUUCUAACACAUUUCUUUGUACCUCUAGCCGUGUGCUUGGGGUUGUUUUCCUCCUCCUCUCCCCAAGUCUAAAGAGUUGCUGCCAAUAAGAGGCUUUCAUCAACCCUGACUACUUUUAUCAUUCCUAGUGAAAAUGUUUAAAGUUGGUAAAACUGUGCUGGGGUUUAGGGUUGGGUUUCCAUCACGUCGCCUUUUGCUUGUGAGGCUAAAAGUUUUGGUCUCAUCCAACCAGAGCCUUUUCUUCCACAUGUUUGCUUUGUGUCAAACUCCAAACAUUGCUUCUUCUGUGAGGAUCACACAUGUGAGGAGGAAAAGCUUGUCCCGCCUGAGCAGUGGGCCCCCGCAGCUCCUCCAGAGUAUAUAUAUAUAUAUAAUUGUAAUUUUGAAAACCGUGUAAUUUUCCUUCCACUCCAUUAUUGUUUGGUUGUAAUGCAAAAACUUGUAAAAACAAAACAAAAAAGGAAUUAAGGCGCAUGAAUAAUUUUGUCAAGCGCUGUAAAUUUCCCCUCUCGAAUUCAAAACAAAUCUCCAGCAGUGUGUUACAGAGGCUCCUCAUGACCUCAUUCACCUGUGAGGUCACAUCCAGCUGGAAAUCUACGGAGAGAUUAGACAAUAGCCUCAUAACCAGAGGAAACUGUUCUUUGAACUGUUCAUUCGUAACUCCAGAAAGGAUGCAGGAUGAAAUAAAGAACAAUGGCCGUGACUGCACCUCCAUGUGUCAGGAAGCAGAAACGGCUUCUGUUGAUCGCCAUGAAGACUUUCAGUUCACUCUGACUUCUUUGCAGGUGUUUGAGCUGAGGUCCAAAAUGCCGUUCAUGACCUGGCAAAGAGAGUCUUUCCACCUUUUGCCUUUACAUCAGUCGUCUGUCUGGGAGCAGGAAAACACAUUUCCAGCUUUCACACAUCGCUACUUGAAGCAACACCCCUUUCUCUCUUUUUCUCUUAUUAUAAUGAGGCCACAGUGUGAGGUGACACCUGCUCCCCGAGCUCACGCGUGAUGAGACGCUUUGACUGCAUGUCAGAGACGCAGCUGCCCGUCUGCUGCUUGUUUACCUGCAGCUCUUCUCUGUGCAGACGCGCCUGUGACUGCAUUUAGAAGCCACACUGAGGCUGGCUCUGCUAUCGGGGAAAAAAAAAAAAAAAGGGGAGAAGAUGUGAGGAGAGCUGAAUGAAUAAAUAACGUGAGCCAUCUAUUAUUAAAAGUAAGCUGUCAGAGGCUGGAUUCAGCUCUUUGAAUCCAGACCAAAUCCUCGGCUUUGGUGCGAAAACAAUAGGAUUCUUAACUAAUGUGCUGUAUUGUUUAUUUUGCACUGAUGUGAAACAAUUUUUCUUUCUCAAAUAAUGUUACCAUUUUUUUAUUAUAUAUACAUAAUACAUAGAAACCGUUACCACAAAACGCUUUUAAAAUGUUGCUGAAACGUGUGGAGUUUUUUCUAUCACACUCUCUAACGUUGUGUUUUCUUUACCUAUAUGUUACAAGCCUGUUCUCUGGUUGAACAUAAAGCGAACUGGAGCACUGUAAGUAAUCAGUUUUCUUCUUGGUUUCCAACCAGAGUGAUUCAGGUUGGCUUUUAUUUGUCCGUGUACAUAGAUGAAGUCACAUGAUGAAGCCACUUUUCUCCAGCUUGCCUCCUUACUGUGCCUAAUGGAUUGUUUUCCGUCGCUGCUCUCUGAAUGCUUGGCUUUCGUUUGCUUCUCUUAUUGCCUAAUUUAGAUUUUGCGUGGAUCCUUCUAUGAAAAGUGACAGUGAAUAUCAAGUCAACCUACACAGGAAGAGGAUCGUGUGACCUGGAUAUUUGUUUAGAUUUCACAGGACCAUACGUGUUGUUCACAUGUGUGACGAUCAGAUAUAUAAGUAGGCUGCUUUCUGAUUGGUAUCGUCCAGGAAUAUGUUAGGAUUUAUUUUGUCAUUGUCACUUUGCAGUGCUAAUACAUUGUUAUUUCAGCUCAUAUUACACAGCAGACGAGACCCUCAGUUCCAGCAGCAUGAAAUACAGACAGCACUGCUUUGUGCUUCCAAAAGCUGUGAAGAAAUUGUCCAAGAGAUGCAGCCAAAACACCACAUGCCGUUUUACGAAACACUGCUAUACAUAUUGUAACGAUAAAUCAUGUAACAAAACAAAAUAAUGGAGUUUAUUUUUUCUAUGCUUUAUAGAAAUGUUGGUGUAGAUAGAUGUAAAUGUCUAUGAAGAUGCGACUUCUGCUGGGGAUGUGACCAGAAGGUCUUUACAUCAGAAGCUCCGGACCUGCAGGUGUUGGUGUGUGACGUGUUCUUGAAGUGCGGCUUUUCGAGUUUGGACUAAUGCUGAUUCUCGCUUGGCACAGAAAUUGUAUUUAUGGUUAAUAAAACGUGUACUAACUUUGA